AUGGAUAGAUUUCCCGAAUCAGGAAUCCUCGUAGAGGCCGAGGAGUUUGAUGACUAUGGAGGCUGGGUGCUGGACUCUCAAUUCGACCUCGAGAUGGGCUCACCCUACCUGCUGGCUCACGGGAACGGCAGACCCGUCGCGGACGCCACGACUAGCGUCUCCAUCCCUGAAGCCAACACAUACAAUGUCUGGGUUCGCGCCAAGGACUGGGUUCCUGGUCACCAUCCGGGCAGGUUCACGCUCGUGGUCAACGGGAGCACCUUGGACACCGUCUUUGGAACAAAUGACCUCGACUGGUCCUGGCAGUUGGGAGGUAGGGUGGCACUGGCCGUCGGUGAGACAAGGCUGGUCCUCCACGACCUGACUGGCUUCUGUGGACGCUGUGAUGCGAUUUUCUUGAGCCACGACGACGUCGCCCCGCCCCAGGCCGUCAACGACGAGACACGGGCCUGGCGACGUAGGUUCCGCGGCCUCCCCCAGGACCCUGUCGACGCGGGGACGUUCGAUGUUGUGGUCAUUGGAGGCGGUGUACCUGGUGUGGCUGCCGCUCUCACGGCUGCUCGACUCGGAGAUCGCAUUGCCUUGGUCCACGAUCGUCCUUACCUAGGGGGCAAUGCCAGUGUGGAAAUUGGCCUUCGCCCACGCGGAGUGACAGGCCCGCUCAUAGACGAGAUCUCCAACCGCAAGCCCAAUGGCGAUAUCUACGCGAAAGAACUGCUCGAUGCGGAAGCCAACGCGACAGUCUUCAUUGAGCACGCCGUCUACAACGUGGUGAAACGGGACUCGACCAUCGUCUCUGUGGAUGCCCGCCACGCCCGCAGUGGGCGCGAGGUGCGCUUGACGGCGCCAGUGUUCAUCGACUGCUCCGGCAAGGCCGUCGCCGGGCUGCUCGCAGGUGCAGAGACGCUCUUUGGGCAGGAGUCGCAGGCAGAGUACGGCGAGAAGCUCGCCCCAGCAGAUGCCAACAACAUGCACCACGGAAACACUGUGUUCUUCCGCACACGGAUGGCCGACGCGCCUGUCUCUUUCCCGCCCGUCCCCUGGGCGACAGACGUGGCCAAAGACUUCUCCGAUCUGGGUGGCCAGCUCACGAGACCUGGCGUAGAGAAUGGUCCGGGACCUGCCGUCACGACCGCGAACUCUGUAUCCCGAGCGAAGGUCCCCCGGCGUAUGACAAGGCCGCUCACGCACUUCUGGGAGUACGGUCAGUGGCUCGAUCCGUACACGCACGGUGAGCACAUCCGCGACUUCCUGCUGCGGGCGAUCUACGGGACCUUCUCCAAUGUGAAAACCAAGGACCCUCAAACCUACGCCAAUCUCGAGUUCGACUGGGUCGCCUAUGUCGCGGCGCAGGGCGAGUUCCGCCGGUAUAAGGGCGCGUACGUGCUCACUGAGACCGACAUCCGCAACCACAAGCCCUUCCGCGACGCGGUGGUGCAGAACGAGGGCGCCUUCUGCCUGCACUACCCGGGCGACGAGACGUACGACUUCCGUCUCCGCUGGUGGGAGUGGGAUGAACGCGACGGUAAGCCCUACGACAUCCCCUUCCGGUGCCUGUACUCGGCCAACAUCGAGAACUUAAUGAUGGCUGGCAAGCACAUGAGCGCGACGCACGUGGCGUCGUCCAACACCAAGUUUAUGGGGAAUGGCGGACAGCACGCCAUUGCCACGGCCGCGGCGGCUCAUUUGUGUAAGAAAUACGGCACGACUCUCAGAGGUGUCUACGAAAACCAUCUUCUCGAGCUUCAGAAAAUCGCUGCGUCGAUAACUGGUACGGAUUGUUCAAGGCCCAGAAGUCAUUUGUGA